AAGUCUCGUGGUGUUGCAUCCCCACCUGCAAUAGGUGCUGGCAGCAACAGCCCUGGGCGGGACCCGUAAGGAACAUCUAGGAAAUCCCUUCAGCCGGAGUAUCCGGGAAACCUCGGACUCGYCGGGUGACAGGAAGCGGUUGGCUCCCCAUCUGCCCUGAGAGCACUUUUCCAGUCUGUAUCAGCGGGCGCCUGUUACAACACUCGGUACACCGAGCCCCUUUUUCCAGAAGUAACCACAACCUUGCUGCCUGUUAAGCCUGUUUACUGAGAACCCACUGGAUGUCAAGUACUGUGCACAGUUAUCUUCCAUUCUUGAAACAGCUGGACCAGGAUUGUUUCAGGUAGUUCCAUGGCUCUUUUGCAUUAUUCAAAGGAAACUUCAUAUUUGCUACCUCCAAACAAUGAGGACUGGGAAGAGAAAGGCAUCCCUGAUUUUGUCUAUGGGCAGAAGGAACUUAUAGUGGAAGGCAUUCAGUGGCCAAGGAAUGCACCCAGCGCCCUGGACAUACCAACGAGAUUUGACUCUGCCCUCUGUUCUGCCUGGAGGCAGAGGGUGGAGCUAGGGCUCUUUCGCUACCGCCUAGGGGAGUUGCAAACUCAAACCCUCCCUGGUGCUGUGGGUUUUGUGGCUCAGCUAAAUGUGGAGCGAGGUGUACAGAGGAGACGUCCUCAGAACAUCAAGAGUGUAAGGCAGGCAUUUGACCCUGAACAGUUUAACUUCAACAAGAUCCGGCCAGGAGAAGUUCUCUUCCGUCUGCACCGGAAGCCCAAUGACUGUAGAGCUGUCCAGCAAGAGGACAUCCUGGUGAUAAUCAAUGUCAGUCCCCUGGAGUGGGGCCAUGUGCUCCUGGUUCCUGAGCCUACUCUGGGGCUACCCCAGCGCCUGCUACCAGGUGUGCUGCGGGCAGGGCUUGAGACUGUGUUGCUGAGCUCUCACCCAGGCUUCAGGGUUGGCUUCAACAGCCUGGGGGGAUUGGCUUCAGUGAACCACCUCCACCUGCAUGGCUACUACCUGGCCCACAGAUUGCCUGUGGAGGGGGCACCAAGUGAGGCUCUAGACCCAGGGGGCCAUUUGUAUUUGCUCCAGGCCGUACCAGCUCCUGGUUUCCUCUUUUACACUAGUGGGCCAGGGCCUGACUUAGAAGCCUUGAUUAGCAGGGUAUGUCGGGCCACUGACUACCUCACUGAUCAUGAAAUUGCACAUAACUUGUUUGUAACUCGGGGAGCUCCACCUGGAAAGGCGUCAACAUCCACAAUUCUCACAGGGGUCCGAGUAAUUCUGUGGGCCCGGAAGUCCAACUUUGGAAUAAAGAAAGGUGAAGCUUUCAAUGUUGCCCUCUGUGAACUGGCUGGCCACCUCCCUGUCAAAACAUACCAGGACUUCAGUAGCCUGACAGAGGAGGCUGCCCUGGCCCUCAUUCAGGACUGUCUGCUGCCUCCAGCCCAAGCAGAUGAGAUACAGGAAGCACUGGUAGCCUUGAUGGCCCAGGAAGAGCUAUGAUCCUUCUGGAGGUAUUUAUUUGCUAACUGACUGAAUCCCUUUCCAUUCAUAGUCAUUCAUUGUCGUAGUCAUCUGGUCAUUUAUUUUUAUGAUUGCUUUCCUACUUCUCUCAGCCUAAGGGGAAGAAUAAAGAAAGAACUGAUGACUGGUCUUGGUGAAGGAGAGAAACCUUGGAAUAAAUUGAA